AUGACAGCCGACACUGUCAGCUGCAAUGCCGCGCUGGCUUCAUGCGGGAAGUGUCAAAGAUGGAUGCAUGCACAGUGCGUGCUGGAGGCCAUGCCGGCCAUCUCGCUCAACGCGAGUCCGGACACCAUCAGCUACAACACUGCGGCCGCAAGCGCCGCAUGGCCGCGCUCCUUGGCGCUGCAAUUGCGCAUGGCCUGCGCGGCCUGCGGGCCGGAUGCCGUGACGCAGAACACCGUAGCGGCCGCAUGUGCACAAAGUGGCCAAUGGCGGCUUGCCCUUUGCGCCUGCGUGCAGCAGGCCUGGCCAGAUGCGUACAUGUUCAGCGCUGCGAUUUCCAGCAAGGAGGAGCCAUGGAAUGUUGGCCUUGGACUGCUGUGUCGCGCGGGGCAGUUACGGCUUCAUGGGAUGCUGGCCAGUUCCAAUGCAGCUAUUGCUCGCACCGCACGUGAGCAAUGGGCGGCAUCUUUGGCCAUCCUGCAAAAUCUGCAGGAGUCCUGGCUGCCAGACGUGAUCACGUAUAGUGCUGGCGUACAAGCAGCGCAGCAGGGCCUCCUGUGGACUGGUGCGCUACAACUGCUAGAAGGAGGCACCGCGGACCGACAGCUUGUGAACACUGUCAUCAACACUCUUUGCUCCGCGCGCGAACCGGGCAAAGUGCUGCAACUUUUGGAGCGCAGCGACGCGAUUGGCCUGUCUGCAGCCCUUUGGUCUCUGAGGAAUUGGCAGAGCUGGGAAAUGGCUUUGGCAUUUCUUCAGCGUGCCGGCAAUUGUUGGAUUCGCCCUGCCACAAUGCCUUGCGGUGCAGCUGUCGCUGUUUGCAACCAGGCCCUGCGCUGGGACGUUGCAGGGGAGCUGCUGAACUCGAUGGGUGCGCUCCAGCCGGAUGCGCUCGCCUUCAAUGCAGCGGCAGUCUCGGAGGUGGUCCAUGCGUGGGACUUCGAGCUGUCCGUUCUGGCCUCGAUGCGGCGGAUGCUCCUAGAGUCCAGCUUGGUCACCUAUGGUGUCAACAUGGCCGCGCAUGCCAAGAGCCAAUUGUGGGAAGCCGCGCUGCAGCUUGCAGUCGAGAUGGCGAAAAGGAGCCACAAAAGCGACCUGGUGGUCUCCAGCUCGAGCGCGACGGCCUGCGUGGCCUGCGCCAAGUGGGCGGAGGCCUUAGCCCUGGCGCAGGCGCAGCCAGAUGAAUUCACCUGGAGCUCUGGAAUCACAGCUUGCGCGGGAAAGUGGGUGCGUGGCUUGCGCGUUUUGCUUGACAUGCCGCGGUGGCAGCUCCGCCUGGACUUGACGUGCUGCAAUCUGGCGCUGAAGGGCUGUGCUUGGCUUCAGGCGCAUGGCCUGCUGUUGCAUGCCGCGAGCCAGCAAGUCGCCGCCGACGACAUCAGCUUAGACAGCCUCAUCCGGGAGUGCAAGAAAGCUGGACAGUGGCAAAUGCCCUUGAGCAUGACCAGCUCCGUGGAGUCGAUGACCCGGGAGUGCAAGAACGGCAUCAUUGCUGCCUCUGAAGCUGCCGAAGUCCCCUUUGCAGCGAGUCGAUGUUGA